GAGAUGGGUUAAUAUUAACACAAGGAAAAAUCUGGUUGUGUUGCACUGGUAACUCAGUUUUCUUUUACAAGAAUGCACAGUAUGAGGAAAUAUGUAACAAAUUCAGUUCGUGAGCAUGGAAAUGGUGUUUGUGUGUUCCUCUUAUUUUCAUAAGCCAUGCUCAAGUGUGUCUUCAGACAGGCAGCCAAGCGAUCUAUAGCUUAGAAGGCCUGAUGCAGAAAAGUGCUUUAAUUUAAUGCCAGUGAAGGUAAAUAGAAAUAAGUGAUUUGCUUCGUGGAGGUGUUGUAUCAACAAUACAAAUACCUAUGGCAGGUGGUUCAGCUGUCUGGUCUGUCUUUGAGUAGUUAACAUUUCGAGCAAGCUCGGCUGGACUCUGCUUAACGUGUGUCCUCUCCAUCCCCGGUCCUUCAUGUUCCUCGCAGCAGUCCUGUGUUCUCCUAUAACUUUUGUCACCAUUGGUCAUUAAGAACAGAAAGCUGAGGUGUGCUGUGAUGCAGCAGAGUAGAGCAGCUGUGCCCUGAUUUUGAGUAAAAGAAUGAGUUCCUCAUCUCUUUCAUGAGUUUGAUGUCCUGAAUUUGUUCAGUGCACAAGGGUAAGUAUUUCUGAGCCAUUCUCUGCCAAUGUGUCCAAUUCUGCUUUUUUUUUAGUUAUUGUACCCAUUUCAGUAAAGCAAGCUGCCUGGGAUUUAAUGAGGGCAAGGAGAAUUUGGCUCAUUUUCUUUAUUUAGUUCAUCUUAUCUGAUCAGAUCAGCAACAGAACCAAUGGUUUAGGGCACAAUGUAGCAGCACACACAGAGUCAGCCACUGAAAUAGGCUGAAUCCAUUGUGUGCCAGGAGUAUUGUGUUGUGCUGUGGCACAGGAUCGGGGCAGCAGUGAUGGAACCGACCUGCUGGCACACCCCGUCUGCGCUGAGGGUAUGUGCUGCUCGGGGUUCCACGAGCCUUUCUCACAGCUCGGAGAAAAUCUGGCUUGGUUUGUGUGCGACGGAACUUUGAGAACUGCAGUUAUGGCUAGAGAAGACUUUGAUACUGCCUGAAUUCUGAACGUUCCUGUGGGCAUUUGUUUCAAAGCUCUUAACAAAAUGUAGCACAAAUGACCACAAAAUAUUCAUUGGUCACAAUUGCACCUUUUCCCAGUUGUGUUUUGAUCUCUCCCUUUUGCCAUGUCAGCUGACAGCCACCAGCUCCACACUCAUUCCCACAAGGAUACGCUAAAUUCUACUUGUCACAGUCUCUUGAAUGUCAACAGUCACUCCUUGUCAAAGAGCUCCUCGAGUCUCAUUUGUGCUGGGCAUGCAAGUUUGGAAAGGCAAAGCAACAAACAGGAGCUUAAGAAAAGCCACAGCAGCACUGUUUGCCAAAGCCUGGGACAUGAGAGUGACACCAGGAGUGUGCCAGCUCCUAGAUGGUCUUUCUCACAGUCUGGGCUGAUGGGACUUGGAUCAGUGGUCCAAACCAUGAACGAUCAGUCACCCGACAACAAUUCAUGGAGCACAGCUAAGACUACAAACCAUUUUCUUAUCAUUGAACAGUCCCCAGUAUCUUGGGAAGUGGGUGACACUAAGAUGUGUGUAAAGAGCAGUACUGUUGAGAAUGUUUCUUCAGCCUGCUUUAAGCACCAGCAAAGCAUGUGUAAAAUGGAUGAACCAAGAGCUGCUCUCCAGAGAAGCCACUCAGACCUAACUUGCAGUUGCAAACAGCAGAGUUAUGUCACUCACAUAGAAACCAGUGCUACUGACUCCAGCCUUAGCUCUUCUAGCAGCAGGCAUGAUCCAUCAGUGGUGAGGAUGUCUUUCCAAACAGAAAGAUAUGGAUCAGAAACAAAUGAAAAUACAUCUCACUAUCAAAACCUUGUGACUCAUCUUCCAGUUCUACCUAUAGACCAAAAAGUCCCCACAAAUAGCUUUGACAGUGGUGGUAUUCCACAUAAUACAACUGUUUACACAGAUCCUGGAAGAUUUCACAGUGCUGUUCUUGGACCUCACAUGCCUGGAAAUGGUUUCUCCAACAGGACAAUGCUCAGUCAAGCCACUGGGAUUAUUCAUGGUGGUCUGACUUACAGUAAUAUUCCAAACUCUGCAUAUUCACCCAUGGUGAUGACAGUUCAUAACAAUUCUGCAGUGCCCUGUAAUAUAAGGCAGGACUCUUGUAUGAAAGUAGAUGCCACUGUCUCUGCCUAUUGCCAUUCUUUGCCUAUACCAUCUAUACAGCUUGUUCCACGAUUGGUAUGCUCAGUUAGCGAGUCAGGGAAAGAGCAAGCAGCACCUGACUGUUUUCAUUCCUUUUCCACUUCAGACAUUCUGACCUAUCCUAAGCUUGUGUCUUCAGUAAGUGAAUCAGGCCUGGAUGCCAAGAGAGUCCUGAAGUGCUGUAGCAUUCCUGGAGAACAACUACAGCAAGCUCAGCACUGCACUCAGCAGGAGACAGCUUCUCCAGAAACACAGACUGCUUCUGUUGCUUUUAGUAGCCAGCAAACUACAGACAUAGUAAUGAAAACCAAGGAUAUGUGGACUAUGACCUCUGCAAAUGAUUUAACCAAGGGACCGAAACCCUCUCUUGAGCGUAGAGAUGCCGAGGUGCAAACUCUUCCAACCAUGGAAUGCAAAUCUGUUGCAACAAGCCCAGCGGCUGCAGCAGAAGGCCACUCUCAUGUGUUCCCAGAGGUGAACCUGGAGCAAGACUUGGAGGUGCCCAAGUCUCCAGUACGGGAAGUGAGAUGGGAUGAUGAAGGAAUGACAUGGGAAGUGUAUGGGGCAUCAGUGGAUCCAGAAGUCCUUGGUUUAGCCAUUCAAAAACAUCUUGAGAUUCAAAUAGAACAGUUCCAGACAGAACCUGUUCAACAGGCUGGGAAAAGUAAUGAGGAUCCUCUCAACAGGGAGCCAUCUUCUGACAAAAUGGGGAAGAAAAGACCAUUCAGAACAAUGAUGCAUUCUCUGAGAUAUCCGAGCUGUUGUGCUCGUUCAAGUACUGCAGUGGAGUGAGCAUAACUGUAGGACAGCCACAGCCAUGUUGGGGUUUUUUGUUUGUUUGUUUUCUCAGUUGUAAAUAAAUGCUGGCUCUCAAGUGUUAACCCAGUAUGUAUGGACAAUCCGCUUAGGGAUAAGUGGAAAAAGUUCAGUGGCCAUCAAAAAGCAAAGCAUGGAAAAACCCAUAGUUGGGCUAAGUAACAGAGGACGUACAGUGGUAUCUUCAUCAUGCCAUCUGAUCAUAUUGACUGUAUUUAAUGUAGCACUCUUAUUCUUCUAUGUUAGUUUUACAUCAUAUUUAAGGAAUAAGACUUAUUUUCUAAAUGAUGCAUCUUUUUAAAAUAACGUUGUAUUUUUCAGUAUUUUCAUGAUUUAGGGUUAGAAAACAAAGUUAGAAAAUGAUGCUUUAAUCAAAAUUCUUAGCUUUCCAUCCUACUCCCUAAAUUUUGGAAUUCAUUCUGAUGUUAAUUUAUGCUAAUGCUCACUAUAAACCCACUUGAGCUGUAGAUAAAAUGACAAACUAGUGUAAUACUAUAUUACAAAUAAUUAUAACUUUUGCUACACAAUUCUGCCAUGUAAUUUCAGUAUUACUAGCCAGAACUCACCCCUUUGCAAGUUGCUCUGUAGUUGGAUGAUAGUCCUGCAACUUUCGUGUAGUUAGGAUGAAUUACAAUCUGAACGUACAGACGUGAUGUUUACCAGCUAACACAGAUGUAAAGUAUUACCAGAGAUUACUCAUGUUAUGUGAAUUACCUAUUGAAUGCUUGUUUUCUGAAAGAAAAGCUGUUCACACUGGUCCGUGACAUUACCAUACUCUACAAAUCAUAAGUGGUUUGGGUUUUCUUAUAUUAAAAAUAAUUUCCAUCGA